AUGUACAACAUCGACCCAUCAGCAAUCACAGUCUCGGGCUUCAGCGCCGGAGGCUUCAUGGCCGCACAACUCGGCAUCGCCUACUCGAGCAUCUUCUCUGGCUUUGCAGUCUUCGCCGGAGGGCCAUAUGACUGCGCUCGAGAUCAAGACUUCUACACCUCCUGUAUGGGCAACCACACCCCGUCCAUCGAGAAACCCAUCGCCCACAUCCAGCAAUGGAGCCUCGAGGGGCAAAUCGAUCCCAUCGAGCAUCUCCGUUCGAGCAAAGUUUAUCUCCAAACAGGUGCUUUGGACGAAGUUGUCGCCUCCUCGGUGAUGAGACAGUUGGAGAAGCAGCUGUAUGCUUUUAUUCCUGCAGAGGAAAUUACAUUCGUCGAGUUGGAACAUGCAGCACAUGUCUUCCCUACCGAUUUCGACCCCUCCGGUUCACAGUCCAGUCAAUGCACAGAUUCCAUCAGUCCCUACAUCGCCAACUGCAACUACGACGGAGUAGGUGAAAUGCUCAAAUGGCUAUAUGGCACCGACACCAUCCAACCCAGGAGAAACUCUGGUCCGCUAACAGGUACACUCCACGAAUACGCUCAAGAGAAUUCCACUGGCGCGAUAGGAUUGGCUCACUUUGGAUACUAUUACAUUCCUUCCAGCUGCAAUUUCUCUUCUUCCUCUUCUUCUUCCUCUAUUCCCUGUAAACUCCACAUCGCCCUGCACGGCUGCACCAUGAGCGUCUCACACAUUUCUUACAAAUUUAUCCUCGAUACGGGAUAUGUGCAAUAUGCUGAUUCCAACCAUAUAAUUCUUCUGUUUCCUCAAGCUGCUGCUGUCGCGCAAGAAGGAGACCACAACAACAACAACAACAACAACAACAACAUCACUUCUCGUCCAAUUUGGUAUCCCAACGGCACUGAAUAUCCUGGAGCAGCGCUCGCGUGCUUCGAUUGGGUGGGGUGGUCGGGGGAAAAUGCGGAUUGGCGAGGUGGAGUGCAGAUGGAGGCGAUUGUGAGGAUGGUAGAUGUGCAAACGGCGGGAUAA